GGCAUUGCUUGAACCUUGUCAUUGCACGCUCUUGUGCUCUUCCAGUUGUGCGCAACAUGAUUGAUAAGAUGAAGUACAUCGUCAUGUUCUUCACCUGCAGCCCGAAGAGGGAACACCUUCUCAAGGAGGUUGUAGAUAAGGAGGCACAUUCUACCGGAAAGCGGAAGCCCCUGAUUGACCUCAGCCGCACAAGAUGGGCAGCACGGCAUGAUGCCUACAGUCACUUCUACAGUGCCUUUGUCGCAUCAAGGCUCAUGGGCCUAAUUCCAUCUGUCCAGUGCAACUCAGAUGUAACGGUGGACAUCUCUGAAGCAGUCGCUCUGUACCAAGAUGACUUGCCAUCACCAGAGGUCAUUGACCAGGAGCUGAAACGGUGGAAGUUGAAGUGGCAGGUCAAAGCAUUACACCAAAGACCAAGCUCAUGUGCCUCAGCUAUCAAAGAGUGUGAUGAGAUGAUGUAUCCGAACAUCUUCAAACUCCUGAAAAUUGCAUGCACCUUGCCAGUGACCUCCUGCGAAUGUGAGAGGUCUGCCAGUGUUCUCCGGAGACUCAACACAUUCAUGCGGAGCAGCAUGGGAGAGGACCGCAUGUCAUCCUUGGCUCUCAUCCAUACCCACUACGACAUGGCUCUGGAUCUGGAUGAAGCUGUCGAUCUAUACUCAAAAAUGCACCCAAGACGAUUGGAGCUGAUGAGCGUUCUGAUGCAAUAGAAGCCAUAGAAGAAGAAGAGGGAGACAUGGGGGGUGGGUCAUUUCACGUGAAAUCAGACACUUUGGGGCCCAACCGACACAGAUUUUAAUCAAACUUUGUGUGCCUUCUUAGUGGUAAGGUAGAACCCCAGAACUGCAUUUGCAUGAAUCUGGCACUAAUAUAAGGGAGAAAUGGACUAAGAAUGUUUUAAGUAAGAGGGUAGGGCACUACACAUUCAACCUUGAUUAUGUCAAUUUAAAUUACAAAGAGAUGGUUUUGAUGCUGUUUGAAAGCUCUUUUCUGGAACACUUCAAUUUAUAUCAUUAUUAAUUCAUGUUUAAGUUUUAAUGACCAUACCGAUAGUGUACUUCAUGAAGUAAUUCUUAUCUAUUUAUGUCAACAGUGGAGAGAUAGACAAUAAAGGACAGCAACAACAGACAGACAGAACAACAACAGAGACAGACAAUGGAGGGCAGCAACAGACAGGCAAUGGAAGAAAGCAACAGACAACUGAGGUGAGCAACAGAGACAGACAAUCACAGAUGUAGGAAGUUUGAGUAACACUUACAUUUAUAUCAAAUUCUUCAUUCUUGUUAAAGUUUUAAUGACUAUAGAGAUAGCUCAAUUGAAGCAAUUCAUGUCCAUUUAUGUUAACAGUGGGGAGCAACAGACAAAAAAUGAAGGACAGCAACAACAGACUCACAACAAACUUGACGAUGAAUAAAA